CAGGGGAGGGGGGCGCGCUGAUGUCCUCUCUGGUGCACUCAGUCAGCCCUUUCUGUUGUAAGGAGAAGCUGGUAGUACCAACCCGGUUUGCGUGAAUCGCUCCCUCCAACUUAAUGGUAUUCUGCAUCGGAGAGAUUCCGCACCCAAAACACGCAUGGAACGGUUUUGGGGGGAUUGGAGCAGAAAUGCAGCGGCGCACUUCCAGCCCACAACAAGAACCAUGCCCAGCUUACAUUGCAAGCAAAUCUAUGACAUCCUGUUUUAUCCUUGAUGACUUUGGUAUGAGUGAAAUUUGUUCGGAUACCGACGAAGAGUAAAGAAAAUAUACACAACACAGAAACUAAAGGACACUUGUUUUCGCUGCAGACGCCAGUGUACCGAAAACCUCUGCAUUUAGGAUAUUUUUUGAUGGAGCUGGAGAACAUAGUAGCCAACACUGUACUGCUAAAAGCGAGAGAGGGUGGAGGAGGAAAGCGGAAAGGCAGGAGCAAAAAAUGGAAGGAGAUCCUUCGCUUCCCCCAUAUAAGCCUGUGCACUGAGCUGGGAAACAGCAUUGAGCGAGACUAUGUCAGCAUCUGUGAGAAACAGCCUAUUGGACGGCUUCUCUUCCGUCUUUACUGUGAGACCAGACCUAAACUGCAACGGUGCAUCCAGCUAUUGGAUGCAAUGGAAGACUAUGAGGUGACACCUGAUGAAAAAAGAAAAAGCAGAGGGGACCAGAUCAUCAAGACUUUUCUUUCAAAACAAUCACCUCAACGUGUAGACAUAGCAGAGGUCUUUGCCGACCAGUGCAGGGAGAACCUUGAACUCAGUCCAUGCAAGGAGAUCUUCAGCAACUGCCGCAAGGCUGUCCAUGACUACCUGAGUGGAGCUCCAUUCGCCGACUACCAGAACAGCAUGUACUUUGACCGAUUCCUGCAGUGGAAGAUGCUGGAGAGGCAACCAAUCACUAAAGACACGUUCAGACAGUACCGAGUGCUGGGGAAGGGGGGAUUCGGAGAGGUGUGUGCCUGCCAGGUCAGAGCGACAGGGAAGAUGUACGCCUGCAAGAAGCUGGAGAAGAAGAGGAUAAAGAAGAGGAAAGGAGAGUCUAUGGCGCUCAACGAGAAGCAGAUUUUAGAGAAAGUCAAUAGUAGAUUUGUUGUGAGCUUAGCAUAUGCAUAUGAGACCAAAGACGCUCUGUGUCUGGUGCUGACCAUCAUGAAUGGUGGAGAUCUGAAGUUUCACAUCUACAACAUGGGCACACCAGGCUUUGAGAAAGACAGGGUCCAGUUUUACGCCGCUCAGAUCUGCUGUGGACUUGAGCAUCUGCACAGGGAAUCUAUAGUAUAUAGGGAUUUGAAACCGGAGAAUAUCCUAUUAGAUGACAAUGGACACAUCAGAAUCUCUGACCUGGGGUUGGCCAUCAAAGUGCCUCAAGGAGAACUCAUCAGAGGCAGGGUGGGGACUGUGGGUUAUAUGGCUCCGGAGGUGAUAAACAAUGAAAAGUACAGUAUGAGUCCUGAUUGGUGGGGGCUGGGUUGUCUCAUUUAUGAGAUGACUGCCGGACGAUCGCCCUUCCGUGCUCGCAAAGAACGAGUGAAACGAGAGGAGGUGGAGAGGAGGGUGCAGGAGGAGGAGGAGGAGUACAACGAUAAGUUUACAGAGGACACCAAGGCCAUCUGUAGAAUGCUGCUGACCAAAGACCCUAAGCAGAGGCUGGGGUGCUUGGAGGACGGAGCAGCGGGCGUCAAGACCCACUCAUUUUUCAAAAACAUCAACUUCAAGAGGCUGGAGGCUGGAAUAGUGGAGCCUCCCUUUGUGCCUGAUCCUCGGGCGGUGUACUGUAAGGAUGUUUUGGACAUAGAGCAGUUCUCCACAGUCAAGGGAGUAAAUUUGGACCAAACUGACAAUGACUUCUACUCCAAAUUUGCUACAGGCAGUGUUUCCAUCCCAUGGCAGAAUGAGAUGAUAGAAACUGAGUGUUUCAGAGAUUUGAAUGUGUUUGGACCUCAAGGAACGAGACCUCCAGAUCUGGACUGGAAUCAGCCCCCAGAGCCACCCAGGCGCAGCCUGCUGGACAGGAUCUUCAGGAGGCAUCACCCAGAGGUGUCUAUUUCCCACAGCCGUGUGCAGUCUUCCAGUGUAAACUCUGUGGACUCCAUGUCCAACUCUGCCCCCUAGUGGCUUCUUGACAGUGUGGGAACCACACACACACACACAUAUAUACACACACACACAUAAAGGGAAGGAGCUCUGCAGGGCUUCCCUGCUGCUGAUUGGUCCACAGCUGGGACCUGAGCAGCAGCUGGAGACAGCCUGUCUAAAAGCCUAAAUGCUCAGCCUGUGGGCGGGGAGGGAGGGAUGACCAGGCCCUGAGACCCCCGGGCAUUUGGAAUGGGAUGGUCAAUGUUGCAGAGACAUUUGGAAAUAUUUGGACAAACCUUUCUUACCCACAGGAUUGUGGGACUAUAGAACAGAGCCACUGAUGCUGAUGAAACCAGAGAACGCUAAUAUUCAGGGGAUCCGCUGUAUAAUAAAGACCACCACAGGGAAGAGAAGAUGGGGUCUUGGUGAAUUUUUGUUUUUCUGGAAAAGGAAUUUAUUUUUCACUCAUUUUCAGUCCUUUAGUUUCUGGCCUGCAUCUUUUACCAGUAUCUCUCCACCUAUCCAUCCCCCCACUAUCUGGACAACUCAUACUCUAUCUUAUUCUUUCUCUGUAUUUCCACUUCCCAUACCUCAGUUCACUCCUUAAACAUUCAGAACGCAUCACCUCAACAACCUCAACACAUAAUGUACAUUGCCUUGCGUACACUCAGGCCAAAGAUUACAGUUUAGUUUUAUGAUAUCAUGUUGUCAUGUUGAUUUAUUGGUCGCUGAAGAUUUUUAGCUGUUGUUUCAAACCCUAGGAGGAUCCAGAAUGUGCGAUUCAUUUUAUACAUUUUCUCUAAAUAUGAGCCUGCAGACAUAUCAUAUUGCUUAAAGCACACAAACAGUACCUACAUACACAGUCAGAUAGAUGCACACACAGAUAGAAUUGUGAGAAUCGUGUUGUGUUUUCAUUUCAUGGACAGCUGUAUCACUUUUGCUUCUCCAUACCUCAUUUUACCGAUGUUACCGUCAUAUACACACAUACGUCUCCCUCAGUUUACAGUGUCACUUUAUAUUUGACAUUAUGUGGACUUUGAAAAGCUGAUUAAUAUGCUGUACAGAAACAGAAAUCUUUUUUUUUUCUUUUCAAUUUCUCACUUUUCUGCACAGUCCCCAUUGAGUGGAGAGGAACACAUGCACUCAGCCUGACUUCCAAGUUGCACAAUAUAAAAUAAUGUCAUGCUGUUUUGUCACCAAAUGAAAAUGUUUUACCUCUGAUCACUAAGGCACAUUACUGUAUUGAUAUUGUCACACGCUGCUUGAUUUCUACCGUACAUCCAAAACAAAAGUGUUCUUGCUCUCCCUUUUGCCUUUUCAAUUUGAAAAUAUAUCGCUGCCUAGCCAUUGUGGUCACAUGUACAGGUUUUUUAUAUUUUUGCUCUUGUACUCUGAACAUGCUCUUCAAAAUGCCUCACAAACCUGAAGCGUCUUCCUCUUGUUUUGUGUCCAACUGUAAAGAAAGUCACAGGGUACCAGCAGCUCCCCAAAAGGUUAAUCUCACCUGAAUUUUAUUUACUCAGUCCAGUUCAUUCAUGUCAGAGCAGCGGAGGAAAGGAAGACACCAGAGGAUCCCGCAAACACCACAUCAAGCAGUGGCCUUCUCACAGCAGCACAGCCAGUUAAAAAGGGAGGAAAAGCCGUCUCUUCUGCUUGUUUGGAGAAUGUGGUAUUUCACCUGUUUGAAGUAGUGAAAGCUGGCCCAUGCAGUAACUUUAAUCGUCCUUACCAUUUUCAAGCCUAUUUUUUUUCUGUGUACUUGACAUAAAAAAUAAAAAUUCCGAAUCAGACUGAAGUGCCUCUUUGUUAGCAUGAUCUCCCAGACGGUGUCCACACAGACAUCAGCACUUUGUUUAUUUUCUGACUGUCAUGCUGUUUCAUGUUGUUUCGCUGGAGAAAAGCAUCAACACAGAUUCAGACUCACACAGUUUGUGAAAGUGAAGGGAAGGGUGGUGAAAGGAGGGAGUUGAUGAGGGAAGUUUCCUUUUUAAUGUGAUGUACAGCAAUGUGCUGAGUGCAUGUGAAAACCAAACCCACUGUGUCCAAGUCCCAAUAAACUUUGUGCUCUAGUUUC